AUGUUUCGUCCUCGACUGUGUCUGUUGGGAAGUCCUGGCAGUGGCAAGGGAUCCUAUGGACAAAUAUUGGCACGGCAUUGGGGGGUUCCCAUUGUCACUGUCAGUCAGGUCUUGAAGCAACAACAACAACUCGUCAGUCAACAAGACCAACAAGAUCAAAUGGCAUCGGGAAACUUACUAGAUGAUCAAGUCGUCAGUCAAGCAGUACUAGAGUAUCUUUCUCAACAACAAAAAGACGCUACUACUACCACUUCUUCUUAUUUAUUGGAUGGAUUUCCACGGACCAUCGAUCAAAUUCAUCUCAUGGAAUCCACGUGGCCGACAUUCCUGCAAGUCCAAGCAGCCGUUCAUUUGAAUGUGCCAACCGAUGUCUGCGAACGAAAAUUACUCGGAAGACGCAUCUGCACCGUCUGUGGCAAUCACUUUAAUAUUCACGGCGUUACCAGUGGAGGAUUUGAUUUGCCUCCCAAAUUGCCACGACCGGGAGAAUGUCACCGUGCAAAUGCCUUGGGGACACCCAGUUUGCCCCAACAGCACAAUUUGACAAAAUGCAAUGCGCCGUGGAUGCGACGAGACGAUGAUCAACGCGACGUCAUUCAGCAUCGACUGCAACUCUAUGCCCAACAUACAAAACCCAUUUUGGAGUAUUAUUGUCAACAACAAGCCAAUAGCAGGCUCUUUGACUUUGUCCCAUAUCGAGGAUUUCAGGACAUGGCCAGGCUACAGACCGAACUGGAAGAGUGGCUCGGGGAGAAUCUACCCGAAACGGUGCAAUAG